UACAUAUAAAUAGAGAGCUGAAAUGGUUGUAAAUGGUGUGUAGGUUAUACAGUGUAUCUUAAUCGGCGUUCGUUAGUAACUGUCCGGUGAUGCUUGGUGUAUUGUGCGCACGACCUCCCAAGCCUUGGAUCCUCAACUCCCUAUCUCUGAUCGCCCACGGUGGUUCAGCGGCUCACCAUCACGAAAAUCGUUUAUUGCACUGGCCAUCACAUUUCGCCGAUUUAUCUGCCGCUAAUCGGCGCUGCCGGCACCAUUCAACGGCUUGUCGGCUUGGUGGCGGCUCAGAGGGUGGUGCAGCUUCUAUAUGGCAUGCGAUUUUGCCAUGCGGAGGAGACAGAGGAGUGAAGAAUAGAGGAGAUGUGUGGAAGAAUGUGGAGAGGAAAGGGGAAGGUUCCUGGAAUGUGUCGUGGGAUGCCAGACCGGCUCGGUGGCUUCGAUCGGAUUCUGCUUGGCUUCUGUUUGGGGUCUGCGCUUGUCUUGCGCCGAUGCCGAUGGAUGAAUUUGAUGACGUUAACCUCGAUGCUGAUAAUAAAACCGAUGCUUCUUUAAAUUCAGAUGAAAAUAGUAGUAAUCAUUUGUCUUCAGUUGCUGCCGCUGAUAAUUACAAGGUUACAGGGAUUUUAGCGGAUGGACGAUGUCUGUUCAGAGCAAUAGCUCAUGGAGCUUGUUUGAGGUCUGGAGAAGAAGCUCCUGAUGAAAACCGUCAAAGAGAACUUGCUGAUGAAUUGAGAGCUCAGGUUGUGAAUGAGCUUUUGAAGAGGCGUGAAGAAACAGAAUGGUUUAUUGAGGGAGAUUUUGAUGCUUAUGUAAAGGAAAUUCAGCAACCUUAUGUUUGGGGUGGGGAACCUGAAUUAUUGAUGGCUUCUCAUGUUUUGAAGACUCGAAUUUCUGUCUACAUGAUUCAUAGAAGCUCUGGUAAUUUAAUAAACAUAGCAAAGUACGGUGAAGAAUACCAGAAGGAGAAGGAGAAUCCUAUUAAUGUGCUUUUUCAUGGGUAUGGUCACUAUGACAUACUGGAGUCAUUGCCGGAACUAAUUUCCACCAAAUAAAGACAUAGAAGUUUGGUCUUGUUAUAUGAUUAUGAUUGCAUAAAAAGAAAUAAGCUCAUCUUAUUUUAAAUGGAGGAAUUCCAUUGAACCAAGAAAUAGUCUGAGGUUGAUAAAUUAGUUUGCACCUACCUUGGCUCUUGCAAUAAGCUCAAUACAAUUUUGUAGUUUCUGAGAGUGUUUCUUGAUUUUUAGAACUCAAAUCAAUACUUCAGAUUGGUGAAGCAUUAUAGUUA